GAUUUUGAUAUUCUAACUUUUUCCAUCCUCGAGGUACAAUAAAUCCUCAGAAAUCUGAGGAUUUUUUUUCCACUAAAAAUUCGGAUUUUAUAGUAAGUUUUUGUGGUUUUGGCAUUCGGAUUUUAAUAAAUAACCCCCUAAGCCUCAGUGCCUAAAGGAGGACAUGACAGUAUUGGCGCCACUACGAGCGUAUUCACUUGGAGAUACUAUAGCUUACAUGAGCAGCAGAAGUUCUAUUUCACUUCACUACUGAAGAACAUACAGAAAUAAAUAAGGCUGACACUUCAAAGUCUCUAUACUGUUAGGUUUCCACCUAUUAAUAAAGUAUUUCUGCUGCCACAUCCAAGUUGUUCCUUAUGGCAUUCUUUUCAAGAGCAUUGAUGUGUUUGUAGAUGUCACAAGAGGCCACCAAGAGCUUCUCAUAGAUCAGGACAAGGAGACAAUCAAAGUCAAAAGAAUAAAACAGAAAAGACCUGGAGUCAUGAUCUUGUAGUUGGACAGAAUGCAGAACAUAACAGGACUGGGUCAAACCCAGUAUCACUACUGAGGGUUAAAAACAAAACAGGCCUAAGUAAAAGGAUAUAGUGUUCUAAUAUGUAGGCAACAUAUGGUAAUGGUAUCUCCCAACCAACAGCCUUGGAACACUUGGAACAGAUUCCGUUUGAUGCGCUUCAUGGAGAUAUUUUGUGAAUGACACCUACAUGCAGAGUGGGGGCCCUGUAUUUCUGAUGAUUGGAGGGGAAGGACCAGCUAAUCCGGCGUGGAUGAAUUCAGGUGCUUGGUUAUCAUAUGCAGAGAAACUGGGUGCGCUGUGCCUAAUGCUGGAACACCGCUUCUAUGGCAAGAGUCACCCAACUCCGGAUAUGAGCACAGACAGUCUCCGCUAUUUGAGCAGCCAACAAGCCCUGGCGGAUAUUGCCCACUUCCAGACAGUGAUGAAAGAGAAGCUGGGAUUGGCCGACAGUAAAUGGGUGGCAUUUGGUGGUUCCUAUCCUGGUUCUCUAGCAGCCUGGUACCGAAUGAAGUAUCCUCACCUGGCCCAUAUGGCUGUGGCCAGCAGCGCUCCUGUGAAGGCUCAGGUGAAUUUCAGUGAAUACCUGGAGGUAGUGCAGUUGGCUUUGGCUCUAAAUCACUCUGACUGUCCUGAAGCAAUUAAAUUGGCUUCUGAAGAGGUGUCUAAAUUGCUAGAAGUCUCCAGCUUCCAGAUGCUUACGGAUGAUUUCAGAUUGUGUGACCUGCUACAAAUAAAUUCUUGGAUGGAUGCUGCCUACUUGCUUGAUACCCUUGCUGAAAAUAUCAUGGACGUUGUUCAGUAUAACAAGGACAACCGAGAAUUUGAGGGUGUGAAGGACACUAACAUUACUAUCCCGGUAGUGUGUGAUAUCAUGGCCAAUAAUUCACUUGGUACUCCAUAUCACCGAUAUGCUACCGUUAUCCGCACAAUCUUGGAAGCUAAUGGAGAAAAGUGUAUUGAUGCAAGUUAUAAGAAAUUCAUCCAAGAUAUGAGCAACAUCACUUGGGCUCCACUUGCACUUGGAGGCAGGCAAUGGAUGUACCAGACAUGUACUGAAUUCGGAUUUUUCCAGUCUACAGAUUCUGCUGCUCAACCCUUCUCGGGCAUCCCUCUCAGCUACCAUGUCCAGCAAUGCUCUGAUAUUUUUGGUCCAGAAUACAAUUUAUCCAUGGUCACAGAUGCCGUACAGCAAACAAAUGAGUAUUAUGGGGGGCUUGAUAUCAAGGGCAGCCGUAUUGUUUUCUCAAAUGGCUUAAUUGACCCAUGGCAUCGCCUUGGAAUAAAUGCAGACGUCAGCGGUGAUCUAAUAGCUAUUCAGAUGGACGGUGCUGCUCAUUGUGCCAAUAUGUAUCCUGCACGAUCAGAAGAUCCCCCCAGUGUUCAUAAAGCAAGGCAAUACAUCUUCCAGUUACUAACUAAAUGGCUAUACACAUAACUUCAAAAUGAAUGAGUAACUUCCACAAGCUCCUAUUCUGGUCCCUGGUGGUGAAAGAAUUACCCUAUAGGGACUUAUCUCUUUGACAAACCACAACAUAAAAUAAAAGAAGGUAUUGAAAUGAAAA